AUGGGAGAAAGUGGAUCGAAUUUCUUGCCUCCAGAAUAUGAUAAGAGCUCAUCUACAGUCUUGCUCUCAAACAUGGAAGACUCUCUAGCACCAAAAGUUCCAUACUCAACAGCAAGAAUUACUCAUUCUCCUCUGACCUACCCAUUCCCUUUCUCACCUGGCCUUAAAUUCAUUCGCAUUUACUUUAUCUCAUCUUCGUAUCUGGUGGUGAACCCCUCCAGGGCUUAUUUCUCUGUAAAAGCUGGUCCUUACACUCUUGUAAGUGAUUUUAAUCCUUCUGUCUUUGCGGAAGAGCUCAACCUGAUGUUUUUCACCAAGGAUUUCUUAGUCGAUGUUAGGGAAGACAAACUGAACAUUACAUUUACUCCAUCUCCUUUAAUUUCCAAUGCAUUUGCCUUUGUAAAUGGCAUUGAGACAUUCCCAGUGCCCCACACUGUAUACUUUCCAGGUUCCAAGGUUCCCGUUCCUUAUCUGGGCCACCAUAAACCUUUGUUUAUUAAUGAUGAAUACGCUCUUGAGAUGCUUUACCGAGUUAGCAUUGGUCGUAAUGCAUAUAAAGUUGAGGAUGAAAAUUUUUAG